AUGGAUAAAGCUCCAAACGAUUCGUUGCGGUCCUCAUCUUCCGAGCCGCCCUCAGAGACACAGAUCGAGAAGCCACAAUCUCCAAGAGAUGUGCAUGGAAUUAAAUGGGCCUUGGUUGUUAUUGCGCUGCUUUCAUCUCUCUUUUUGUAUGCGCUUGAUAAUACCGUAGUGGCCAACGUUCAGCCCAAAGUCGUCGAAACCUUUGGCCAUGUUAGCCUCGUUCCAUGGCUAGGUGUCUCCUUUGCACUGGCGUCCGCUGCGACAACUUUGAUCUGGUCCAAGGCCUAUGGCACUUUUUCCGCAAAGAAACUCUACAUUGGAAGCACGGUCGUGUUCAUGGGCGCUUCGGCGCUCUGUGGUGGUGCUCCGGAUAUCAACAGCUUCAUUGUGGGUCGCGCGAUCGCUGGCGCGGGAGGCUGUGGAAUGUAUAUGGGUCUGUUGACCUUGAUGUCAGUCACAACAGACAACAUCGAACGUCCAAAGUACCUCAGUCUGACCGGGUUCAUCUGGGGUAUUGGCACAGUGUUGGGUCCUGUUGUGGGCGGUGCUCUCGGUGACAGCAAGGCAACUUGGCGCUGGGCAUUUUACCUCAACCUCCUCGUCGGAGCAGUCGUCGCUCCGGUUUAUUUCCUUCUGCUUCCCGACUUCAACCCCCAAAAGGAUGUUCCAAUGAGCAAACGCCUUGGUCAGAUCGACUACAUUGGAGCACUUUUGUCGAUUGGGACCCUUCUCUGCGCGAUCAUGGCUCUAAACUUCGGCGGUGUUCUGUGGACCUGGGACAGCUCAAACAGCAUCGGCCUCUUUGUCGGAGCCGGUGUCCUCCUCAUUCUGUUUUUGGUGCAACAAGCCUUCAACCUUGGAACCAACUUCGACAACCGCAUGUUCCCUAUGCACUUCUGGAGAAGUCGUACUUUGAUUGUUCUCUUCUUUACUAUGAUGUUGGCGACAUUCGGUAGUUUCAUUGGCAUCUACUACCUGCCCAUCUACUAUCAAUUUGCCCGCGGUAGUACAGCGGUCGAAACAUCUGUUCACCUGUUGCCUUUCAUCUUGCUCCUGGUCGCCUUCAAUCUGAUUAACGGGCAGUUCAUGGGCAAGACUGGCUACUACUACCCCUGGUACAUAUUUGGAGCCGCGUUGGAGCUCAUCGGUGGCGUCCUUCUUUACACCGUCGAUGAAAAGACAUCAGAUGCCAAGAUCUACGGAUACACCAUCCUUCUGGGAACCGGAGUGGGUUGUUUCUGCCAAGCUGGAUUCGCAAUCGCACAAAUGAAAGUCAAACCCGAGGAGAUCCCCUUCUGUGUGGGAUUCAUGACUGUUGGACAGAUGUUGGGCAUCGUGUUUGGCACUGGUAUCUCCGGUGCUCUGUUUGUCAACUUUGCCCAACAGGCCCUGCAGAAGGUGUUCCCCUCCGCCACAGAGGACGAAAUCUCUAAUGCUAUCUCCGGUGUUGGCAGCCAGCUGCUUCGCUCUGCCAGCUCCGAAGAAUACGCGGCAGCAAUUCACGGGAUCACGGAGGCGAUUCAACUAGCAUACGUGCCUAUCAUUGCGGCAGGUGCAAUUUGCUUGGUCUGCAGCCUAGCUAUGAAGCACGAAAAGGUGUUCGUCACCGGUAGCUUUGCGGGCUAA